AUGAGUGCAACUAACACAAAACCUGACGACGAACUUCUCAAUUUUAACUGGCGUUCUGUAGAAGGAUAUUCUCGUUUGAAGACUGCAAAGCUUUUAGUACGAAAAGCUGAAGCUGAAGAUAUCAAAGCAAUACAGCGCGAAAUGGCUCAAGAAGGAGAAUCAUAUGAAUUUUUAUCUGAUAAAGUGCACCAAAAGCCUUGGAGUCAAUCUUGCAGUGAUGAAAAGCGUCGAUAUCAAACUCUUUGGGAUGCAAAAUUAGAAUUUAUCCAACAAAAACAGUUAGAACAAAAAGAACAAAGGAAAAAAAAGCGAAAUGUAUUAGACACCAAACAAGACUUUCAAACAAUUGUAGCACAGAGAAAUAGAGUUUUAGAUAAAACAUCGGUGAAGAACGAUCAAGACGAUGAAGACCUUUUCUACUUAAUACAUAACCUAAAACUUUAUGAAAAAGCAUACCACGAAAAUCUAAAACAAUUGAUCGAAAAAUUCAAAACAAUUUAUCCAAUUUAUGAUAUUUCUUUAGCUUGCAAAGAAAUAACGUUAUCUUGUCUAUCAAGUCUGUCGGAUGAAGAAGCUAGAAAUUACUGUGAACAAGCAGCAACCGCUAGUUUAGCUAUUCAAGAAAAAUUAACUUCUCUCGACUAUCGAGAAACACUCGACGGAACUCCUCUAGCGACUGAAGGUGAAUCAAGUCUUCGAUUUUCAUUGGACUCCUGCUGUCGGCGGUAUCAAUUCAUUCGAUUAAUUCUUCAAACAGUAUUAACCCUGAAAACUUUGACAGCUGAAGAUAGGGACAUGUUUCAGGAAUAUUUAGAGUCUGUCAACACAGCAAUUGAUAAAUAUGAAGCUUGUUACGUCUAUAUCCUUGUACGUGCGUAUCUUAAUGGCAAUGAUGCUAAUUAUGACGACGAAAAAGUAAAAGAUUUCAUCGAAAAAUGCGAACAAAUGUUAAUAAGAGAGGAUACUGCACAUAUACGACGAUUUCUGGUAGCUGUAACAGCAUUGCAUUUUAAUCGCGGAUUACAGUAUCCAGUAUUGAAAUUCUCUAUUGACGAGUAUAAGAGAUUAUCUGCAUCCGACGACAAGAUAGUUGAGAAAGCCAUUAGUAUUUUAAAUCAACAAAAAAUCAAGGUGUGCCCAUCAGCUGAACCUUCUGCACUUGAAUCCAUUGGACUCAUACCUAAGUGUGGUCGGCCUGGCAAAGAAUCAAUGAAAUCCUGGUGUGAUGAUAGAAGAAAUUAUUUAUGUAUAUCUGGUGGUUCGAAACUUGACUUUCCCGUAUACAUUCAUAAAUCAGAAAUUAUUGAGUUAUUGAAACUUAUUCGUGACCAGUUUAAAUUUGAUUUUGAUGGACAGUAUGAAGAAGAAGAAGCUCUGAAUUUGCCUCAUGAGCCGCUCAGCAGUUUAGUUAUUUACUGGUCAAAAGAAAAACAAUAUGCAAAAAACAUUCAAGGACAGCUUCGUUCUGGCAGAGAAAUAAUUCAACUAGACGACAGAGAUUAUUACGUACGUCUACCUGGAGUGAAAGAGAGCUAUCAAGACCUAGAAAGGGUUAUCUUUAAGCGGUUAAUGGACGAAUCUGAACAAUAUACAGCUUGGUUUCGACAAAUAAUCAAAGAAAGUGGAAAAGAUAUCGAUUCUGAUCGUGAAUUCGUUCUAUUUGCUCAUGCCAAAGUUGUCUCAGAAUGUGCUCGAAAUCUAUCAACCUGGAUGAUUAAUUUAAUGUGUUUAGAUUUUAUCGAAAAUGAUAUUACUUUAGAUGGUAAAUCUUAUACUGAUAAUCGAAUAAGACAUUCAUCUUGGAAUUUAUUUUUUGAACGUCAUUCAAUGACUGGUGGCAGUUAUCAUAAUCAAAUGGGUGAAGGUACAGAAAAUCGAAAUCAAGAUGAAAUCGAAAGGAAAGAACUACUUAUUGUCAUGAAUUGGCUUUGUAUUUUCUGGACGGGAAAUGAAAAUGUUGCAAUGGUAAAUGAUUCGGAUAUAAAACUUGCUGAUUUUAAACAAGUUAAUCGUACGAAACUGGAAGCAGCUGAAAGAUAUGCACGCACAUGUAUCUUAAAUACGCUAUAUUAUCGAAUGUAUUCGAUAGCAUCAUGGGAUUGUAAUCAUUUUGAAGAGGUACUACUUUUACAAUGUUCUCCACCGUUCGUGAGAAUAUCUCGAAGAAUACUCGGACAAAUGUUCUUUGAUGAUCAGCCAUUGCAUUUAAUAGAAGAUGAUCAUUCGUCAAACUUCAAUGAUUCACCCGAUGAAGCACAAUUGAAAAACAGGCGACUCGAGUCAAGUAAAGAAACCGAUCGAGAUGAAGUGAAGAGACAAUCCAUUAAAAGGUUUAAAAGAUUGGUUGCAACGACACCAGACGGUUGUACUCUUCGAGAUUUUUAUCUAGGCAAACUUCAACAAUUGAAAAGUCGUAAUCCAUUAGCAACUCAAUAA